ACUGCGCAUGCGCUUAGCCUUGCCUUUCAGUCUCUCACGUGUAGCGUCCAUUUUUGCUGGAAGAACAUUCUGAGGUGUUGCAAUGGGUGCCUACAAGUAUGUGCAGGAGUUAUGGAGGAAGAAGCAAUCAGAUCUCUUGAGAUUUUUACUUCGUGUCCGUUGUUGGCAGUACAGGCAAUUGAAUGUCUUACAUAGAGCACCUCGUCCUACACGUCCUGAUAAAGCUAGGAGGCUAGGUUAUAAGGCAAAACAAGGUUUUGUAAUUUAUCGUAUUCGUGUACGAAGAGGAGGGAGAAAGCGUAAGGCACGCAAAGGAGCUACGUAUGGCAAACCGACCAAUCAGGGUGUCAAUGAAUUGAAGUUUCAACGUAGUUUACAAUCGGUUGCUGAGGAGAGAGUUGGCAGACACUGUGGAGGUCUCAGGGUACUGAACUCUUAUUGGGUAGGUCAGGACUCUACGUUCAAGUUUUAUGAAGUCAUACUAGUUGAUCCUGCUCAUAAAGUUAUUCGCCAAGAUCCAAGAACCAACUGGAUCUGUCGCCCUGUGCACAAGCACAGAGAAAUGAGAGGACUUACUUCAUGCGGAAGGAAGAAUAGAGGAUUGGGCAAAGGUCAUCUUCGUACUAAAGUACAGGGCGGGUCAAGAAGAGCUAACUGGAAGAGGCGUAAUACCCUAUCUCUACGUCGCUAUCGUUAAUACAGACUACAGUGUUAUUGUCCUAAAAUUUUCCAAAAAUUAAUGAUUAUAAAUAAUAAUGAUGGUCAAUAA